UGCGUGUGCAUGAGCGCUGCACCGAGCGGGCGCAGGAAGCGCCCCCGCUCCGCCGCCUCCAUCUUCCAGGGCAGCAGGACCUCGCCACAUGGCCGCGACAGCGAACGCCGGGGCAGCGGCUCCGAUAGUGCCUAUCAGACCCAGAGAACCCUGGAUGACUGUAAGAUGCUUGUCCAGGAGUUCAAUACCCAGGUGGCUCUCUAUCGGGAGCUGGUCAUUUCUAUUGGGGAUGUUUCUGUCACCUGUCCUUCUCUGCAUGCAGAAUUGCACAAAACUCGAACCCGAGGAUGUGAGAUGGCCUAUCAAGCUCAUCAAAAACUAGCAGCAAUUUCUGGCCCAGAAGAUGGCGAAAUCCAUCCUGAAAUCUGUAGACUAUAUAUUCAGUUGCAAUGUUGCUUAGAAAUGUACACAACAGAAAUGCUAAAGUCCAUAUGUCUGCUAGGAUCCCUGCAGUUUCAUCGGAAAGGAAAAGAACCUUGUGGCCCACCCAAGAUCUUAGAUACUAAAGUGGAGGAGAGUUCUGAAGUACCUAUUUUAGAAGACACAUCGUUAUCACCUACAGAUAUUCAACAGCAUCUAUGGCAGGUUUCCACAGAUAUUGAUAACACUGAAAGAGAUAUGAGAGAAAUGAAAAACCUUUUAAGUAAACUCAGGGAGACUAUGCCUUUACCACUGAAAAAUCAAGAUGAUAGCAGCCUCCUGAACUUGACUCCAUAUCCACUGGUAAGAAGACGGAAGAGAAGAUUCUUUGGAUUGUGUUGUCUUGUCUCAAGUUAGAAGUUUAAGCACAGAAGCACCAAGGAAAACAUGACUUUGAUUAAACCACUAUUAUUUGACCACUAAAAAGAUGAAAAUGGCUAAUCUUGAUUAUAAGGCAUAUUUUCUACACUAGACUAUUCAUUUUUGUUUUCUGCUCCAUCCUCCUUUUCAAAUAAGGGUUUUAAUACUUUCAAAUUAUGGUGGUCAAAAAUGGCUGUGGAAUAGAUCUAGAAUAUUUAAAACUUUUUAAAGUAUGUUUUGCAUGCUUACUUUCAAUCACUAAAAGAAGACACAUGAAUUAUGAUUCAUAUAUAAUUUUAACCGGUUUUUUUAAUUGUUUGAGCUGCAGCUAAAAGUUUGUGUGUAGUACAGUACUCUUACUAGUAUCAUAUUAAAAUCAUACUCUUAACAGUCUUUAAGCAUAGGAGAAGAACAUUUGAUCAUUCUCUCAGUCUUUAAGAAUAGGAAACUAUUUAAGAGCAAAACUAUUAAAGUUCUAAGACAUUCAAACAAUAUUGUAACAGAAGUUGUACAAAAUCUCCAGUUGCUUUUUGUGCUCUCAUUAUAUUUAGUCUUCCACUGUAUCUCAACUUCAAAGCUUUAUAGAAAAAUAUCUUAAUUUAUAAUUAAAAACCAUAUGUGAAAAUAGGUAGGACUUGUAAAUAGAGAGAAAUAAAAAUAUCUAUAAACUGGACAAUGAUUAGAAGCAACAAAUUUCCUUUUAAGCCAAUAAUAUAUCCACAAGCUUUUGGAAAAAAUAAAUAAUUUAUUAAAAUAAGGUGUAUUAAAAUCAACAAUGUAAAACACAAUGCAAACCCAUUUUGUUGCCAGUAUAAUUCAAAGCAUGGUGUCUGCAUAUCAAGUAUUGAUCUUAUAAGGCAUGCCAAAAUUAUCUCAGACUGUAUGAUACUAAACGUUUUACAUUGUUAAUAAAGUUUUUUUAUUUAAAUUAAA